GCCCCCCGCAGCUGGCAGUGCAGCUGGGUAGGGGUCGUCCAGGGCAGCUAAGCGGGUGGGAGGAGGGAGCCGCGAAGCAGAAGUGGGCAUGGAAGACGAGAAGGGUUCACCUGCGCUGGUCGUCGCCUGUCUGAUAGUGGGGAACGUCGUCGUCCUGCUGUCCGGGCUGGCGCUGUUUGCCGAGUCCGUGUGGGUGGCGUCUGACCCGUACCGCGUGUAUCCGACGCUCGGCGUGUCCGGGAAGGACGACGUCUUCGCCGGGGCCUGGAUCUCCAUCUUCACUGGUUUCGCCUUCUUCCUGGUGGGCAGCCUCGGCCUCGUGGCACUGCUCCGGCGGAGUCGGCCCAUGGUCUUGACGUAUCUGGUACUGAUGCUGAUCGUGUACGUGUUUGAAAGCGCCUCAUCUAUCACCGCACACACCCAUCGGGACUACAUGGUCUCCGACCCGUCGCUCAUCACCAAGGAGAUGUUGACGCACUAUGGCGCCCCCAGCCGCCAGGGCCGGGAACUGACCCGCCUGUGGGACAGCAUCAUGGUGGAGAAAGAGUGCUGUGGGACUUUGGGGCCUCUGGACUGGGUGCACUAUACAUCGACAUUCCGCACCUCGAUCCCUGAGGCGGUGUUCCCCUGGCCGCCUCCCUGCUGCCGAAGGGACCCCAACUUCAUCCCGCUCAGCGAGGAGGGCUGCCGCGUCGGCCAUCGGGAUUAUAUCUUCACCAAGGGUUGCUUUGAGCACAUUGGCCACGCCAUCGACAGCUACGCUUGGGGGGUUUCCUGGUUCGGAUUUGCGAUCCUCAUGUGGACCUUGCCUGUCCUCCUGCUGACCCUGUACCAUUACACCACCCUCUGA